AUGCCUGGAUUAGACAGAAAACUGGUAGAACACAAGCUGCCAAUCAAAGAAGGCUACCUUCUAGUCAAUCAGGCCAGAAGAAGAAUGUCUGUGGAAACAGAACCGAAAGUCAAGGAAGAAAUAGAAAGAUUGCUCAAGGCAGGAUUCAUCAUACCAGCCAUUUAUGCUAACUGGCUAGCCAAUAUUGUGCCAGUUCUGAAGAGAAAAACAGGGGCAGUUAGGAUCUGUGUGGAUUACAGGAAUCUGAAUGAAGCAUUUCCCAAGGACGAAUAUCCUAUGCCAAUGGCAGAUAUGUUAGUAAAUGGAGCUGCUCAUAACCAAAUGUUAUCUUUUAUGGAUGGCAAUUCAGGAUAUAAUCAAAUUAUGGUAGCCGAAGGAGACAUCCAUAAAAUGGCCUUCAUGUGUCCAGGACAUAUAAGCGCUUUUGAAUACACUGUAAUGUCUUUUGGCUUAAGAAAUGCAGGAGCCACUUAUCAAAGAGCAAUGAAUUCUGUUUUUCAUGACAUGAUAGGAAAAAUCCAGCUCUUCUCCUCCUUGCUAAGGUUAAAACAGGAACAUACGUUUAAAUGGGAGGAACAACAUCAACAGGCUUUUGAGGAAAUCAAACAUUACCUCUCAAAGCCACCAGUUCUGUCCCCACCAAAGAGAGGCAGACCACUCAAACUCUAUGUUUCGGCAUCAGAAGUGUCCAUUGGGAGUUUGUUGGUUCAAGAUAACAAGAAAUGGAAGGAACAUGCAGUCUACUAUCUGAGCAGAACUCUAACAGAAGUAGAAAGGAAAUAUUCUGUAAUUGAAAGGCACUGUCUAGUCUUAUACUUCACUGAUGUGAAACUCAAACACUACAUGCUGCCAUUCACCACCUACAUCAUUGCCAAGACAGACCUAAUCAAAUACAUGCUAACAAGGCUAAUGUUGAGAGGCAGAAUUGGAAAAUGGACUCUGGCUUUGACAGAAUUUGCUUUUAGAUAUGUUUCUCAGAAAGCUGUUAAAUGA